CCCCGGCUACGCCGCCGCCGCCGGCCUCGCCGCUUGCGUGUUGUUGUGCUGGGCAACUCCGGGCUGGCUGAGGGAUGGUCAUGGCGGCCGCUGAGGAAGGCGACGCCGCGGCGGCGGCGGGGGCCGUGGAGCGGGGCCCCGGCGCGGUUUACCACAUGUUCGUCAUGAUGGAGGACCUUCUGGAGAAGCUGAAGCUGCUCAACUACGAGGAGGAGGCGGCGCUGCGGAGUCACAACAUGAGGCCGCCCUCCAGGCACUACUUUGCACUGCCCAUUAACCCAGGUGAACAAUUCUACAUGUUCUGCACCCUUGCUGCCUGGCUAAUUAAUAAAGCAGGGCAUCCUUUUGAGCAGCCACAGGAAUACGAUGACCCAAAUGCAACAAUAUCUAGCAUACUAUCAGAACUGCGGUCAUUUGGCAGAUCUGUGGAUUUUCCUCCUUCAAAGUUAAAGGCAGGUUAUGGAGAGCAAGCAUGCUAUGUUCUUGAUUGUUUAGCUGAAGAAGCCUUAAAAUACACAUCCUUUGCAUGGAAAAGAGCAACAUAUCCAACAGAGGAGCUAGAAGAAGAAGCAAUAACAGAAGAUGAUGCUGAACUGACCCUUAAUAAAGUGGAAGAAGUAAUUGCGGAAGAAGAGACAGAUAAUGAAGAAAACUACAUUGAUCUGAACGUUUUGAAGGCACAAACUUACAAAUCGGUAAGCGUUCUUGCUUUUCAGUUCACAUUGUGCUGUUGUGAUAUGAUUGAAUCAAAGCAAGAAGAGAUUUUAGAAUCCACAGUAGAUGCAGCUGAGUGGAACCUUGAAGUGGAACGGGUACUACCACAGUUGAAAGUCACAAUCAGAACUGAUAAUAAGGACUGGCGAAUCCAUGUAGAUCAAAUGCACCAGCACCAAGAUGGAAUUGAAUAUGCUUUAAAAGAUACCAGGGGUUACCUCGACAAACUUCACAAUGAAAUAAGCAGAACUCUGGAAAAAGUGAGCAGUCGAGAAAAGUAUAUCAACAACCAGCUGGAGCAUUUGGUUCAAGAGUACCGUUCUGCACAGGCACUUCUGAGUGAGGCCAAAGAGAAAUACCAACAAGGAAGUGGAGGAGUAACAGAGCGGGCUAGAGUUCUUUCUGAGAUUACCGAAGAAUUAGAGAAGAUAAAGCAGGAAAUGGAAGAAAAGGGAAGCAGUAUGACUGAUGGAGCUCCCUUAGUAAAAAUUAAACAAGCUUUAACCAAACUGAAGCAAGAAACUAUUCAGAUGGACAUACGAAUUGGCGUGGUGGAACACACAUUACUCCAGUCAAAGCUGAAAGAAAAAUCAAAUAUGACUAGAGAUAUGCAUGCUACUAUAAUUCCAGAUUCUUCCAUUGUUGGUACCUAUUAAAUUUAUUUGAUUUUCUUUUUUAUUCUAGGCAAAUCUGAUUUUGUACUUUUUUUUUUUACAUUAUGUAUCUCAUGUUGCAUAGAAUGUUACAGAUCUGUUAAUUCUGUCUGUAUAAAUGCAGUCAUAUUGCA